AUGUGUGAGAUUUGUGUAUAUGAAACUCCUGUUAACUCUGAUACUUCACACCAAAAAUAUUGUAAACAUUUUCGACAAGUGAGAAUUUCUAAAAGACAGAUAACGAAAUCCCGGAUUAUUUAUAUAUUGAAUGUAUUCGCAAUUAUUGUUUUCCAAUUGUGGAUCACAUUCGGUAUGACAAGUUUAAUCACACAACAAUUGAAAAUCUCACUUUGGGUCACAAACCACACUAAAUUUCUGUAUGUGAUCAGCGCGAUUUACUUCGUCAUGGAAUUUGUUUGGGCAUUUGUGAAAACAGUUUCAAAAGUAUUCCCCUGGAAUCUUUUGUACUUGAUAGUAACAACUCUCCUGUGCUCUUUCAUAAUUGCGACUGAAUCCUUAGAAUACACUGACGAUGUCCCAUUCAUUGCAUUCGCAUUCAUGUGGACGAUGUUGCAAGUCAUUGUGUCAUUCGCAAUAUUCAUCUUCAAUGACUUCACUGUAAGUGUACUAACCAGGGUAGCACAUGUUGUAUUUGCUGUAACAAUAUCAGCUGGUCAAAUCGCUUUCUUCCUGAGAAGGGAGAAUAAAGUCGCUUUGGUUGUUGCUGGGAGUAUUGGAUUUCCAUGCACAUGUUAUCUUAUUGUAAAAGAAGUGAAAUCAGUGUUCGGAAAAGGCACGUAUUUUUAUCCAGAAGAUAAUAUUGUCCUACCAGCCAGAAAUAUUUAUGGUUACUGUUGGAGUCUAUAUUUAGUGAUCCUAUGGGUGUAUGCGUACAGUGGACUCAGAAAUCCUAUUUAUCCGACCUUGUAA